AUGACUCGAGGUCUAUCCACGCUAGCAGUGGAACUCUUCGAUGCAGGCGCAGUGAGACUUGGUGAUAUAGAGGCGAAGCUGGGUCGACACACUCCUAUAUACUUCGACUUAAGAGUCAUCGUUUCUCAUCCUAGAAUGAUGAACGCGGUAUCCCAACAACUCCUCACUUUAGCAUCAAAUAUUGAACACGACAUCUUGUGUGGCGUGCCGUACGCUGCACUACCCUUUGCCGCCGUCAUGUCAGUCACAGGAAACACACCAAUGAUAAUGAAGAGGAAAGAAACAAAACUGUAUGCGACCAAAAAGAUAAUAGAGGGCGUUUAUAACAGACACCAGAAAUGCCUCGUGGUUGAAGAUGUAGUGACCUCUGGCGGGAGUUUACUUGAAACAGUGUCAACGCUACGGAACGAAGGUUUGAGCGUAGAUCACGCUGUGGUAGUGCUGGACCGAGAACAAGGUGGCGCCAGUGUGCUGAAGGCGAAUGGAGUUAACGUGCAUGCACUUUUCACUAUGACAGAUCUUGUAACAAUUUUGAGAAACGCCGAGAGAAUUAACGAUGAAACUGUUGAAAUUGUGUCCGAUCAUAUCAAAGAGUGUCAAUUUGGAUUAAAAGAACCAUUGCAAAGAAUAACCGGAGAUGAAAACGGCCCGUAA